AUGACGAAGCACUGGUAUAAACAAGCACGGGAAUAUUAUAUUCUGUUUAUUCUGGCAGGUGUCACCCAUUCAGCAAAAAUGCCACAGACAGAUCCUAUUCAAGAAUGGAAGGCAAUCGGUGUCGUGGGUGCCGGUAAUAUGGGCUCCAUGAUGGCAUUCGCAUUUGCGGAACUGGGGCUGGAUGUAUCCAUUUGGGACGUGGUAGGAAAGAAUGUUGAUACUCUAAUGGAGAACGUCGAGAAAUCGAAAGAACAGCUUAAGGGCAAGAUUACCGGCUUCAAGAAGAUCGAUGAGUUCAUGGCCAGCCUCGAAGGCAAGGGGGAGCGAAAGCUAUUCAUCUUUUCUAUCACACACGGAGAACCUGCAGAUUCUGUUUUGGGCCAGAUUAAGGGGAAAUUGAAGAAUGGUGACAUUAUCUUGGACGGCGGGAAUGAAAACUAUCGGCGAACCGAGCGACGACAGGAAGAGCUCAAGCCUCUCGGGGUCAGUUGGAUUGGUAUGGGUGUAUCUGGCGGCUACCAAUCUGCUCGACGGGGUCCAAGUUUAUCUCCUGGUGGUGACAAACAAGCUAUUGAGCAAGUUCUUCCUUUUCUGGAACUUUAUUCCGCCAAAGAUAAAAAGACUGGCAAGCCGUACGUGACCUACAUUGGGCCGGGUGGCUCCGGCCAUUAUGUGAAGAUGUGCCACAACGGUAUCGAGGGAGGUCUCUUAUCGACGACGUGUGAGGCAUGGGACAUCAUGCACAAGGGCCUUGGUAUGAGUUACGACGAGAUCGGAGACGUAUUUAAGGAAUGGUCGAGACAAGGUGAAUUGAGAAACAACUUUCUUCUAGACAUUGGCGCCGACAUUUGUCAUAGAAAGAAGUCAGAACGAGGGGAUGGAAAAGGAGAAGGAGUUGAUCCCGCUGGAAGACCCGUGCUAGAUGAUGUCCUUGACAAGGUAGUUCAAGACGAUGAUAAUACUGAAGGGACUCCGCUGUGGGCCUUGAUGGAGUCUGCGCUUCGACACGUUUCGAGUCCGACCCUAGCCACUGCACACUACUUGCGUAUCGCUAGUGGGAACAGAAAUCAACGAGUACGAGUCGCUAAGAAACUUGACGUACCGGAUCCGAAGGCGAUUGAUGUCAAGGAUAGAAAAGAUUUCCUUGAGAAACUUCGUCGCGCUGUCUACGCUUCAUUCCUCUGUUCAUACUGUCAAGGCCUAGAACUCAUCGCGCGAGCGUCCGCCGAUGAGGGCUGGGGCGUGGAUCUCGGAAAAUGCAUUCAGAUCUGGCGAGCAGGCUGCAUCAUACAAUCGGAAGCCAUAGCUGACAUGUUGCAGCCAAUCUUAGCGCAAGAUGUUCAGAUAAUGAAUAUCAAGCUGAUUGACGAGGUAUCCAGAGAUCUUCAUGACAAUUUUGAUGCUUUGAGAGAGGUUGUCCUCAAAGGCACCGAGUCUGAUGCAUGCAUUCCUUCAUUGUCCGCCUCAUUGGAAUACUUGAAGUAUGAGAGCAACACCAAGUUGCCUACCAAAUUCAUGGAAGCCGAGAUGGACUAUUUUGGCGCCCACGGAUACAACAAGUCUGGUAAGCCGGGUGAGGAUCCUGGGCCUGUUAAGAAAGGAACACAUCAUUAUGAGUGGAAGCCAGCGUGA